AUAAAAUUUUCUUCGGCAAAACAAAACAAGAAGAAGAAACAAGAGAUCGAAAUGAUAAAAUAGAUUGGCCAAAGAACAGAAGGUCUUUAUGAAAACAUUGUCAUUGUAACAACAGAGUGAUAGUUGAGACAAUUAAGUACGCAUGACUUUCAAAAGAAAUAUGCUUCAUUCGUUGUUUACGAAUCGUCGGCUCAUCAGUCAACGAGUGCUUUUCGUCCCAGUCGGUCUAUUAUUUGCUGCUACUGCCGUAAAUUUACAAAGCUGUCCGGCUUCAACAGUAAAAAUGGAAAAUCCAGCGGAUUACAAAAGUGCCGAGUCGAUCUAUGAUUUUACAGUCAAAGAUACAUUCGGAAACGAUGUAAAACUCGAUAAAUACAAGGGACACGUCGUUCUUAUCGUCAAUAUUGCAUCAGAAUGCGGACUGACAAAGAACAACUAUGCUAAAUUGAACCAAUUGAAAGACAAAUACUACGAAUCCGGUUUGCGUAUCCUAUCGUUUCCGUGCAAUCAAUUCGGAUCACAAAUGCCCGAAGAAGAUGGCGAGGCGAUGGAGUGCCACCUAAAAUCGGCAAAGGCUGAAUUUGGCGACCUGUUCAAGAAGAUCGAUGUGAAUGGUGACAAUGCAUCGCCUCUGUUCAAGUAUUUGAAAUACAAGCAGACUGGCACACUGGGAAGUGCUUUAAAGUGGAAUUUUACCAAAUUUUUGGUCGAUAAAAAGGGGCAACCAGUCGAUAGAUUUGCACCGACGACCGAUCCGAUGGAUAUUGCAUCGGCGAUUGAAAAGCUUUUGUAAUAAUUCAAUGAAAAUACCAAAAAAAUAUUUUCUUUGUCCGUUGUUCAAUUUUUGGAUAUUUCAAUCGGCAUGCUCGACGGUUGAGAGUGUGCAUUAUGUGCAAUAAGUACCUCUAAACGGUCACAUUAUCACCAUUUUCACAUUACAAUUAGUUUAUUUUACCUGAUGAUAUUGCAAUGUUUUUGAAGUACAUUUACCACUGUUAUGCCUAUUUUUAGCACAACAAAUGACUCGGAAUUAAAUUACUGCGACCACAUUUACAAUAAACACGCUAGUUAUCGAUACAUU